GAAAAGAAAAAACAAAAAAAUAAAAAACUUUUUUUUUUCGUUUUCUCCCAAAUCUCUGGAAAAAAUCUUGUAAUAUUGAUUAAAAAAAAAAAAGAAGCGAAGAUCAUCGAUCCAGCAGCAAAGUCAAUACGCUUAUGAUUGUUGUAUGCUUGUGAAAGCAAGAUGGUGAAGUUGACUAUGAUUGCUCGUGUGACUGAUGGUCUUCCUUUAGCGGAGGGGCUGGAUGAUGGCCGUGAUAUUCAAGAUGCAGAUUUCUACAAACAGCAAGCCAAGUCCUUGUUUAAGAACCUCUCUAUGGGCCAGAUUGAGGCAUCAAGGAUGUCUGUAGAAACUGGGCCUUAUAUUUUCCAUUAUAACAUUGAAGGCCGUGUUUGUUAUUUGACAAUGUGUGACCGCUCUUAUCCCAAGAAACUUGCUUUUCAAUACCUAGAAGACCUCAAGAAUGAGUUUGAGCGUGUCAAUGGGAGUCAAAUCGAAACUGCUGCUAGGCCAUAUGCUUUUAUUAAAUUUGAUACAUUCAUACAGAAGACAAAGAAACUGUACCAGGACACCAGAACUCAGCGCAAUAUUACAAAGUUGAAUGAUGAACUCUACGAAGUUCAUCAGAUAAUGACUCGAAAUGUACAAGAAGUUUUAGGUGUUGGUGAAAAGUUGGAUCAGGUCAGUCAGAUGUCCAGUCGCUUGACAUCAGAAUCCCGCAUUUAUGCUGAUAAAGCAAGAGAUUUAAACCGUCAGGCUCUGAUUCGGAAAUGGGCACCCGUGGCUAUUGUCAUUGGAGUUGUUAUUCUCCUCUUCUGGGCGAAAAAUAAGAUAUGGUGAUGCGACUAUACCAUAUGCAACUUAGAGAAGUGUUGUUACUCUUUGAUACUUACUGAUUUUGCAACAUCAAACUGUUUGGCAACCGAUAGACCACUUAACAUUUCAAGGUGGCUACCGUGUUGUGCGCGCAAUGAAGAGAGUUUUUUGGCAGAUGAGACACUCAAGCUAUGAGUUUGAUAAUGUAAGACAGAUAAACCAUGAUGAGCCAUGUUGGUAAACAUUGACAAAACGAUAUUAAUCUUAAUCCUCUCAGCAUAUUUUGCCUUGCUUAACUUCAAAAUUCGAAGUGCAACAUAUAUUGUAGUGCUGAGUUGAUCAGUUGCAACUUUUGAUAUAUUAAAAUACAGC